AUAUAUAUAUAAUGUGAUUUUAUAAAAUAAAUUCUUAAAAUCCCUAGCUUUCGGCCAAUCAUAAUGUAGAUAUAAUGAAAAGUUGUUGUCUUUAGAGAGGAUGUGAAAAGUUUUCAAGAAAACACCAAUGAAAAUAUGCUUGCGAGUAAAAAUAAAAAGUUGAAGUGAAACAUCUCUCAUGUAUAUAUAUGCGUUAUAGUUCAUGCAUGAAUAUGCAAUAUCAAAACAAGAGUUUAAGGGCGGCGUGCAAGAAAACAGAACAAAAAUUUAAAUAAUUACAUUAAAUGUAUAGUAAGAAUGAGAAUGGCGUGCAACAAGGAGAAAUCGUAUUAUAGCUCGUGUAUACGAGCAGAAAUGAAAUUUGACUGACCGAUGAUUUCACCAAUAAAUCAACCGGCACGAAGCGUGCUUAAAGGCGUUGUCAUUGUAAUAGACAUUAAUCACGUUAUUAGUUGCAAUAAAUUUAUAAAGUGGUUUUUGAAAUUUUUACAUACAAUUUUUAUGUUGAGAUUUAUGAUUUUUUGUUGAUCAUACAUGGUGCGUUUAAGCAUCAAUGUCGAUAAUAAAGAAUGUAUAUUAAUAUUGCUGAUAGCUUUAUCAGCUGAUUGUCAUCUAAAAGCAACAUGUGAAAGUAAAAACAAUAGAGACAUCGACAAGUCUCUUACACAAGAAUGGGGAAUAAAAGUAGUUGCUGUGUUAAUUCCAGUCCACAAGUUGGACGGAAGGAAUUAGCAUCUGAGGGUAUCACGCGCGGUCUUGAGGAACAUCUGCCGGAAGGUGGAAUUAGCGUUAAUAAUCUACAACACAUUAGCGAACGUGAGCCAGAAGAUUGGGAUUCAGAUCCAUCUUUACAUCCAUGCGCUGGUACUAUUUUUAUGGAACGGUCUAAACAAGCUAUCGAAAAUGGUAUGGUAAGAAAAAAAAGUCAGCACCAAAUUGCAGAUGUAAGGUCUUUAAAAAAAAGUAGUAGUUGCAGUACAAUAUACUUAGAUGACAGUACUGUUUCACAACCAAAUCUAAAAAAUACUGUGAAAUGCGUUGCCUUAGCUGUUUAUUACCAUAUUAAAAAUAGAACUUCGCAGCGACAAAUUGAUAUAUUUGAUGAAAAACUUCAUCCUUUAACGAGAGAAGGCGUUACAGAAGAUUAUGAUAAGCAAAAUCCGGAACACAAACAAAUUUACAAAUUCGUCAAGACCUUAUUUAAUGCUGCUCAACUUACAGCUGAAUGUGCCAUCAUAACGUUAGUUUACUUAGAACGUUUACUUACCUACGCGGAGAUAGAUAUAACACCAGCUAAUUGGAAGCGAAUAGUGCUAGGUGCUAUUUUACUAGCAUCGAAAGUUUGGGACGAUCAGGCAGUAUGGAACGUGGAUUAUUGCCAAAUUCUUAAAGAUAUUACGGUAGAAGAUAUGAAUGAAUUAGAGAGGCAGUUUUUGGAAAUGCUGCAAUUCAACAUAAAUGUUCCUUCAAGCGUAUAUGCUAAAUAUUAUUUUGAUCUCCGCACACUUGCAGAAGCAAACGAAUUAACAUUCCCUAGCGAACCACUCAGUAAAGAAAAAGCUCAAAAGUUGGAAGCUAUGUCCAGAGUUUAUGAAGAUAAAGUUACUGCUGAAGCUUUACGUACUGGUUUUAAAAAAUGGUCAAGUUUAGAUAACAUAUGCAUAGGUGGACCUAGACGUAGUAUUGCCAUUCUAUCCUAAAUAUCGGAGAUAAGUGGAUACAUUACUUAUGUCCAUGCCUUCUUAAUCAAGGUACGUGAACGAGACAAGUUUUGCUGUCCUACUCUAGUAUCGGUGACUUCAAAAGUUUCACAAGCAUAUCAUUUUAACUAUUCGGUAAUUUAUAUGUUAUUUUCUUUAAUUAUUUUAAUGCAGUACAAGUUUUAUAAGCGUUAUUCUUUGAUCGGCCUUUAUAAUUCCACUUUUUUCCUUUUCUUUUUCUUCUAUGGUUCUAAUAAUAAAAGAAUAUGGUAUGUGAGUUA